AUGUCUCCUUCAAAGCGUACCUCAUCCUCAGCCACACGCCGCGCAGACGCGCAUUCGAAGGCCAAGGGCGCGGCCAAGAAAGCGGAAAAGGGAGCAGUGACGCACCUCCCGCCAGAAAGUCCUGGCAAUACCAAAAUAGGAAUCCCCGCCAGCCGCUGGAUAGACUGGGGUAAGGGCCUGAGGCUUGAUACGCUCGCCGAUCUGAUAAUGGAUGAGAGUAUCCCCUUGAGCUGCUGGCUGAUCGCUGAGCCGCCUGAAGAGGAGAGGGGGAGGAAGAAAGAGAAAAAGGAAAAGAAGAGAAAGGACAAGAAGAAGAGGCUCGGUAGUGAUUCUUCGCUAGUGUCCUCCACAAGCAAAAAUUCACUGCCGAGCGCCUGUCCCGGGUCCACGAAAACCAACACGGUGCCGUUCCCUGUCAGCACUCGCGCUGAAAGGGAAGCAGUGGGUCUAUAUAGUACCACAUCGGCCUCCAUCAUUGUUAGCGACGAGACCUUUCCGCCUUAUUGGGCCAAAGAAGGCGCAUUGUCCUUCAUGGCCCCGAAAAAAGCACGCCUACAGCCACAAAGGCUUAGCUUCGGGAAAUCUACAACGACUGCCGUACCACGCGAAGAGCGCGUUAAAAAGCAAGGAUCCGCGCGUGUAGAGAUGGAGGAAACCCCGUCGAGAAGGUGGACCUGCGAGCUGCCGAUUCCCCCGAACCCAAACGCAGACGACCCGAGGAUGGCGGCGGCCCUGCAGCGGCACUACGACGACGACUCGUCGGACGACGAAGACGACGAUACCAAACCCAGCACGCCUGCUGACCCGUGGAACACAGUGCCCUGGCUCACCGGAGACGAUAUGCUCCGGCGGAUGCGCAGAGGCGACCCCGAGGACACGUGGGAGCGCCCGCCGGGGCCGGACGACCUCCUCGAGCCGGGCGAAGAGCGCCCGGCGCUGACGAUUACGGCCGAGGAGGCGAAACGGUUGGGGGACUAUUGGGACAGAAAGUACCCGCCGGCCAAGCCGAUGCCUCACUUCGCUACAGUCGCGGAGUGGAUCGCGUGGAGAUUAAAGGAGAACGAAACGGAAGCAGAGGCGGCUGCCGCUGCCUCUGCCGCUGCUACUUUGUCUGUUGAGGGGGAGCAGACUAGCGAGGGGACCUUUCAAGAAGCGUCGAGACCGGAAACAAAGCAUAGCGAUCCCGCGCGUGAGCGCCUCCGCUCGCAGAAACAGAUAGAUGAGGCACUGCGGUACCUCAACGAGCUGCAAAAGGAUAAGCCUUUACCGCCACCGACAAAUCCAGUGGCAUUUGGGAAGUUCCAUGCCCACAUGCGGGAUACAAUUAAGCAAGUGAAGGCGACCGGGGCCGCGCGGGAAAGGGAGGAGCCUCCUCCCAAGGACAGGGGUAAGGGAAAGGACAUGAUCCCUUUCCCCUCCAAGCCUCUCGACAGGGCGACCGUGCCCGCCAUGCCGAACUUCUUGGAGAGCACUCAUGAGCUGAUCAUGGACAUCUGA